CCCGGGCCUCCCAGCUCCUCCGCCGCCACCCGGGCCUCCAAGUUCCGCCGCCGCCGCCAGCAUGGCCGCAGGGUCCGUCGCCCGUAUCGGCGCGGUUGGCCGCCGUGGGAUCGGCGCCGCGCGUCGGCGGUUCGCCGCCACCACCGGAGACGCCGCCCCUCGCCGGCUCGCCAAGGCGGAGGAGAAGGUGGAGGAGGAGUGGACGUCGAACCAGCUCUGGCUGAAGAGCCAGCUGACCGAGCUCUCCUCCUCCUCCUCCAAGGAGCUCCACUCCCUCCGUCGAGAGGUCUCGAGGAUGGAGGACGAGCUCUCUGCUGCACGGGCUAAGUACAGCAUGAUUGAGGCCAAGAGGUCCGCGGUGGAGAUGUCGUGCGAGAUCGUUCUCGGCAUGGGUUUUCUCACUCUCGUCGCCAUGCUUCUCCUACACUGAUGUGGCGGGAGUCUGAUUGUGUGAGAUCAUUGUUGGAUAUUUAGAUUGCUACUUUUACAACUGAGAUUGUUUCCAGGGCUUUUAUGACUCCAUCUAUAAAGCUAACCUUGUUGGAUUUGGUAAUAUUUUUUUAAUCAAAUGAAGACUCUGAUAUAAGAGCAAGAGCUUGCAGUGCCCUUGGCAACAUGUUUUGCCACAGCUCCUACUUGGUUACUUCUAUUGUUCACCUGUGAGGAAACACCAUUUAUUUCUUUGCAAUUGUCGUGAACAAAUAAAAUAUCAUAGCUUUGUUAUUGUUUUGGCAAAGCAGCAAAUAUGGUAA